AUGCUUCUGACUACCGUUGUACCAAUAAUACCGGAAUAUCUUUUACGAUUGUUACAUCCAAAUUCAACAGAUCUACUGCUGUAUGAUAAAAUACCGAUAUCAGAACAUUCACGAGCAAAACGUGCUACCUCAAUGAAGAAUGAAAAUGAGAUAGAGGAAAAUGAAAAUGAACGGCAACCGUUCAUUUGGGAUGAUGCUUGGGAAAUUCCAAUGGAUAUGAAUGUAGCAACGGAUUGGCAGAGUGGUCCAUUGAAUCCAUUUCGUAAAAACAAAAUUUUAAGGAAAAAACCACUUCAGAAGGGUAAAACAUCUCGAAGAACUACUAAACGCAUGAAAACAAUGACAACAGAAGCAUCCAUUACAAGUGAAAAUACAGAAGUGAAUCAAAAAGUUAUGCCGAAUGCUGCAGAAGAAAUGAAACGACACAAUAUUUUAGCUGAAGAAAAUGUUUAUGUGGGAUUAAUGUUUGGAUCAAAAGCCCUUGUACAAUUGCUUACAAAUCCAUGGAUUGGCCCGCUUACUAAUAAGAUUGGCUAUACAGUGCCGAUGUUUAUUGGCUUUUGUGUUAUGUUUUUGUCAACUGUAAUGUUUACAUUUGGUACAUCAUUUGUUGUACUUUGGCUUGCUCGAGCUUUACAGGGUGUUGGAUCUGCAUGUACAAGUACUUCAGGCAUGGGAAUGCUUGCACAAGCUUAUCCGAACGAUGAAGAACGCGGUAGUGCUAUGGGUAUAGCAUUGGGUGGCCUAGCACUUGGCUUACUUAUUGGACCACCAUAUGGAGGAGUUCUAUACCAAUGGUCAGGCAAAGAGUUGCCAUUCUUACUUCUUGCACUAUUAGCUUUAUUUGAUGGCUCUCUGCAAUUUUUGAUAUUGCAACCGCGAAUAGAUCGUUGUGAACCGGAGGGGACUGGUUUAAAAGAACUUGCCACUGAUCCAUAUAUUAUUGUUGCUGCUGGAUCAAUAACAAUCGGAAAUCUUGGAAUAGCAAUGCUGGAACCAUCGUUACCAUUAUGGAUGAUGGAAUCUUGGCAGGCUGGUUCAUUUGAACGUGGUAUCGCUUUUCUUCCGGCUAGUAUGUCAUACCUGAUUGGUACAAAUAUAUUUGGACCAUUAGCACAUAAAAUCGGACGUUGGCUGAGCAGUUUUCUGGGUCUCAUAAUCAUCGGCAUUUGCUUAAUCGUUAUUCCGGCAGCUAAAGGAGUUGGAGGAUUGAUGGUACCAAAUUUUUUCAUGGGAUUCUCGAUUGGUAUGAUUGAUGCGUCGAUGUUCCCUUUGAUGGGUCACCUGGUGGAUAUUCGUCAUGUUGGUGUUUAUGGAUCAAUAUAUGCAAUUGCAGAUGCGGCAUUUUGCUUUGCUUUUGCUUUGGGUCCUUUUUUUUCUGGUCCUUUAGUCCGUUCUGUUGGAUUCGCUUCGCGUCUCAACGUGAUUGUCUAUAACAAAACACGAAACUUUGCCGGGCAAACAAUUGAAAUCAACAUUUCGGCGAUGGAUACCAUUAAAACACUGAAAGAGAGGAUAAUGGAUAAGACGGACAUCCCAAUUGGAAUACAAGACAUAACAUUCGGAGUCCAAAGCCUCGACGACGCAUUAACAAUCAAGCAUUACCGUAUUGAAGAUGGAUACACGGUAUAUUCCACGCCGACUUACAUUGAAACGCCACAACAGCCAUCGCUUUAA